CUUAGGUAGAACACACACUUUAAAUGGAACAACAGUGGAAAUCUCACGCCAUUCAAUCACUGACGAGUUCCAGGCUAAGGACGGAUCAGGAGAUCAGUCCCGUGUUGUCUUCGUUCAAGGACUACCUCAAAAUGCAACGGAAGACACUGUUUUAAAUUACUUUGAGAACUCGAGGCGGUCGGGAGGUGGCGUUGUUGAAGAAGUGAAAAUCAAAGGCAAUGUAGCACGAGUUCUGUUUGAGUCAUCUGAAGUGGCUCAAAGUGUUGUAAAGCAUGAUCAGCAUAUCCUGAAUGGUGCUACACUUCAUGUCAGUCUCGAGUUGCUCAAUAAUGCUGAAAAUACAAGCAAAACUAUCCAGAUAACUGGCCUUACUGCGCAAAGCACUGAAGACUCCAUUUGCAACUACUUUGAAAAUGAGAGACGUUCUGGGGGUGGAGAGGUAGAAGCUGUGACUUUUCGGCCGGAAGAAAAUAUGGCUCUCGUGACUUUCAAAGAUGUUGAGGUUGCAAAGAAGGUCAUAGGUAAAACACACACUUUAAAUGGAAAAAAAGUGGAAGUUUCAUACCAUUCAAUCACUGACGAGUUCCAGGCUAAGGACGGAUCAGAAAACCAGACCCGUGUUGUCUUCGUUCAAGGACUACCUCAAAAUGCAACGGAAGACACUGUUUUAAAUUACUUUGAGAACUCGAGGCGGUCGGGAGGUGGCGCUGUAGAAGAAGUGAAAAUCAAAGGCAAUGUAGCACGAGUACAGUUCGAGUCAUCGGAAGUUGCACAAAGAGUUGUCAAGCACGAUCAGCAUAUCCUGAAUGGUGCCACACUUCAUGUCAGUCUCGAGUUGCUCGAUAAUGCUGAAAAUACAAGCAAAACCAUCCAGAUAACUGGCCUUACUGCGCAAAGUACUGAAGACUCCAUUCGCAACUACUUUGAAAAUGAGAGACGUUCUGGGGGUGGAGAGGUAGAAGCUGUGACUUUUCGGCCGGAAGAAAAUGUGGCAUUCGUGACUUUCAAAGAUUUUGAAGCUGCGAAAGGUGUGUUACUUCGCGACAAGCACUUCCUCGAGGGAGCCAUACUGCUUGUGAAACCCACCAACACAGCAGCUGACACGCUCGACACAGCAGGAAUACAAGAAUCACGAACAAUAAAGGUUACGGGACUUGCUGCGAAAACAACUAAAGAUGCAAUUUUGAAAUUCUUCGAAGACCAAACGCGCUCCGGGGGAGGAGAGAUAGAAGACGUUGUUCAUACUCCCGACCGGGGAAUCGCUAUCAUUACUUUUACAUCGGCCGAAACAAUGAAAAGUAUCCUGAGACAAGGCAAGCAUACCCUUGACGGAGCCACACUGAAUGUCAUGAUUACAGCGCGUAGCCCUGAAGUUGAGCCACAUAACGAUGGAGUAUCUCAAGAAUCUCGCACCAUUGAGGUGACUGGAAUUAGUGCGAAAACAACUAGAGAGGCUAUUUUAAACUUCUUCGAGAACAAAAAGCGUUCCGGAGGAGGUGAAGUAGAAAAUGUCGAUCAUGAUUCAGACCAGGGGACAGCUGUUAUUACCUUUACCACGGCCGAAAGUGCUCGUGGAGUCUUAAGUAAAAGAAGUCUAACCUAUGAUGGAGCGAAUCUGACAAUUACUCUCAAACAGCCUCCACGGGAACUGCCUAUUGAUACUAAAAGACUUUUAGUGAAAGGCUUCAGUGACAAAACUACCCAGGAUGCUUUUCAGUGUUACAUGGAAGUAGUAAGUGGAGUGGAUGUCCUGAAAGUCGAGUUUGGAGGUGAAGCAUGUGCAGUGGUCACCUUCAAUGAGGCCUAUGAUUAUCACACUGUUACAAAGAAGAUCUCUGUGAGGCCUCUGGAGGGAAAAACCCUGAUAGCAGAACAACUUCCAGUUUGUCACUGCCUACAAGUAUCAGGUUUUAACAAGGAAACAACUACUGAGGAUACUAUUCGUUAUUACUUCGAGAGUCCAAAGAACAAUGGUGGUGACGUAAGCAGUGUGGAGCUCAAUCUAGAGGAAGGAUGGGCGUUGGUUUUCUUCGAAGACCCAAAAGUUGUUUCCAAUGUUGUGACGGGGAGUCACUUCCUUGGCGGUGCAAAGCUGGAUGUCAGUUCUCAUUGCUCAUUGCUUGGGAAACCUCAACCAGUUGAAAAUGAUGUUGAAUUGAUGCAAAAUAUCAAUGUGGAUGGAAAGAAAAUGCAGUUCAUUUUGGAACACUACAAAGCUGAUUUGACAGAGGUUGAGAACAGCCACGAUGUUCAGAUAACCUGGGAUGAGGGCAUCAACAGCGUCACGGUCACGCCCAAAGAUGAGGCCUUAAGGAACAAGUUCAUUUUCGAUGAGGCAUGUGAGGCUAUUACUUAUUUCCUGGCUGAGUUUGUUGAAAGCUCCACGCGUGUCCCUCCUGAGGCUUGGGAUGAUGUAGUCGACAACUUCAAGAAAAGUAAAAGCCCAGCACAGCAAAAAGUAAGAAUGGAUUGUAUCGCUGAGCAGCACGUUUUCUUUUUCAUCGGGAAGAAGCAAGAAGUUGAGGAAGUUACCAAAGAAUUGGAAGGAAUAAUAGUUGUAAUUGAUAAAAAGCUUAAGAGAGAGGCAUCCAAAAUAGAGCGUACAGUCAAAAUUUCAUAUACGCGCUUGCAAUUCUUGAAACAUCUCGAAUUUGCUCAGGAACUUGAAAGUCGACAUGAAGAAGUCGAAGUCACCAUUCUCCUUGAAAAGGAAAAGCUUCAAAUUCGAGGUCCUCCCGAAACCGUCGAUAAGGUGCAAGCAGCCAUUUGGGAGGCAGUUGCCAAAAUGAAAGACGUGAAGCUGAACAUGUCACUGAAUGCUCUUGCCUUGCUGAAGAGUACACCCUGUCAAGUAUUCAUGAGAGAUACGCUCACGGCCAGCAAUUUACAAGCCAUGAUAGCCUUUGACGAAAGAAACGAAAAUGUAUUAGUGGUGGGGACGGAAAGUGAUGUCGCAGAGAAAGCUCACGAUCUAGUGAAAACCAAGAUAGUUGAAGAAUGCGUCGACCUGGAUGAAGAUCAAGUUCAGUUGGAGAAAAGCAGAAAGUGGCAUCAGCUGAAAGAAGAGAUAACAGAAAAACGCAUUUUAACUCUAUCAUUUGAUAGAGGCAAUAAGAAGAUAUGUCUCGUGGGCCUAAAAGAGGAUGUUCCGGUUUCUGUCGAGGCUGUUAAGCGUUUCCUCGCAGAAAAUACCAUUGUCAGUACCGUAGUGACGCUUCCAAAGGGUUGUCGCCGAUUUCUUGUAAAGUACCGCGAACCGGAACUGCGGCAAAUACAAGAAGAUUUGAAAGAACACUCCACGCGAAUAAAGAGUUUGGCAGAUGAAGGUAAACAAGAUCUGGUCGUCUCAGGUACGACCUGCGGAGUUGACAAAGCUAAGGAGCUGAUUCAAGAUCUCGCAUCUAAAGUUCAAAGUCAAAAGAUGCCUGUCAGCAAACCUGGGAUGCGUAAAAUGCUUGAUGGAAGCAAAGGAAAAAAAUUACUGGGUAUGUUGGAGAAUGAAAAUAAUUGUGUAGUCGAGUACUUUCUACCAAACAAAGGGGACGAAAAGGAAGUGAAAGAAGAAAAGAAAGCAGAAAAGAAGAAAGAGAGUUUGUACGACCUUCUUACUCCGGACGGAAGGAAGAUUCUGGUGUUUAAAGACAACAUCUGCGAUCGCAACGUGGAUGUUAUUGUUAGUGCUGCUAAUUCAAAGCUUCAGCACGUAGGUGGUGUCUCAAAAGCCAUAUCUGAGAGAGCGGGAGAAGCCUUCAAGGCGGAAUGUAAUCGGUUUGUCACUGAUGCAGGACCAAUUUUAGACGGCCAGGUGGCUGUCACGUCUGCAGGAAAUCUACCUUUCAAAAAAGUAAUUCAUGCUGUGGGGCCAAAAUGGGAGAAAAAAGCAGCCCAAGAAAAAUCAAUGGGGAGAACUCCUAGAGAGGAAAAGAUUUUAAGCUACGCAGUAACGAAUGCCCUAGACGCUGCGAAGGACUAUAAUUCGGUAGCUAUUCCUGCCAUUAGUAGCGGAAUCUUUGAAUUUCCACUUGAACUGUGCGCCGAAAUCAUGGUAGAAUCAAUGCUGACUUUUUUCCGAAAAAACCCGAGUUGUCUCCUGUCCGAGAUUCAGUUUACUAGUAUCGAAGAUGAUGUCGUAAAGGCCUUUGCAAAAGAGUUGGAUUCCAGAUGUCUUAACGAUCCUAGUUAUCAAUCAUCUUCAGACUCAAAAAGGAAGAGAAAAGAAAGAAAGAAAAAAGGCAAAACCACAUCAGUUCCAAAUACAUCCUCGGCAACAGUUUCUUCCAAUACUGCUCCGAAUGUUAUCAAGACAGCCGAAGGCUUACAGCUGGUUCUUGUCAUCGGCGAUAUGUCUUCUGAAGAGGUUGAUGUUAUCGUCAACACAACUUCAUCGAACCUGAAUCUGAGUGGGAACGCAAGUUCUAAGGCCCUGAGUGCCGCUGCAGGCCCCAAGCUGCAAGAAGAGUGUAAAAAGAUUGGCCAGGUAAAGACCGGAGAGAUUGUGGUUACAAACGGAGCAAAUCUAGCGUGUAAGCACGUUUUCCACACCUCAUGUCCUGGAUGGGAGAAAGGAGAGGGCGAAAAGGUACUGCGGGGUAUCAUACAGAAAUGUCUCAAAGAAGCACAAAAAAAGAGUCUCUCGACCAUUUCCAUCCCUGCAAUUGGGACUGGGAACCUCAACUUUCCCCGUGAUUGCGUGGCUGAAGCUUCCUUUGAUGAAGUUUUAUCCUUCAGUAAGAAAAAUCCAAGCAGCCCUUUGAAGGAAGUCCAUUUGGUUGUUUAUGAUAAGGAUUUGCAAUCAGUGCAAGCCUUCCAGACCGAACUGCAAAAAAGAAGUGUGGGUCCACCUCCACUGCAACCACCAGCAGCAACAGCAGCUCCGAAAGAUGGAAAGAAGAAACGUCGGGGACUGCGCGGUGGUAGCGACAAAAGAUCAGAAAAAGAUACCCCUGAUGGUGUAGAUGUUAUCUCGGACGAAGAGCCUACAUUAUUAGAUCCCUUGCAACCUGAAAUAACGAUUGGCAAUAUUAUCGUUCAAGCUGAGACUGGUAACAUCACGAAAGAAGUAACUGAUGCAAUCGCGACCUUGUCGAACAACAAGCUCGAUGUCGCACUGGGAGGUGGUGUGGGAAAGGCUAUCCUAGCUGCUGGAGGAUCGACUAUUCAAGCAGAAUGCUCAGCUAUGGGGUCCCAGAAGCCAGACACUGUGGUGGCUUCUAGAGCCGGAAAUCUGCAAGUAAGAAAAAUUUACCACAUGGUUCCAGAGCGGAUUUCGAGCAUGCGUUCCAUAAGUAACUGCAUUUUGGAGUGUUUGCGAAAGGCAGACUCGGAUGGAUUGACCUCGAUUUCAUUCCCAGCUGUUGGAACAGGGAACAUUAACAAAGAUGCCAAAGAGGCUGCAGAGGGGAUGAUGGCUGCUAUUUUCAAGUUUGCUCGAGAGGAACCUGUAUCCAUUGCUCUUGUUCGUAUUGUGAUCUAUCAGCCCCAAAUGUUAAGUGUGUUCCAGACUGCAAUGGAAGCGAGCUUGUCCUCAGCAAAAAGUGGAACAGGUUUUCUCUCAAAGCUUGCUGGAUGGAUUGGAUUAGGACAAAGUGGCUCAGCGUCUUCACAUUCUAUGCCAUCAAUGCGCACGUUUCGCGGAAAAGCAAAGCCUUUCAGCUACAUAGAAAUUUUUGCAAGCACCAAGCAAGACAUUGACACAGUCAUCAAGACAAUAGAAAAGGAUGCGGCUGAUCACUGCACACAGAAAGUAAUUGAGCGUGAAGCAAUAUGUAAUCUUUCAAAGGGGCAAAUGCAACAAGUAAAGAAAUUGGAAGCUAAAUACGACGUCAUUGUUAACAUCGAGCAGACCAUAGGUCGCAUAUCUGUAAGAGGUGAUACAGAAGACGUUCUCGAUGUAGCCACCACAAUUUACGAAGUACUUAACCAGAAGAUCGAGGAAGAGCAUGCAAGAGGUGUUGGUGAGCUCCUUUCUAAAAACGUACAAUGGUUCUUCUAUGACAGCGAUGAUGAUGAUGAAACCCCAGAGCCUUAUGAGCCCAGCAUUAAUUUGCAGAUUGAAGAAGCCUUUGGUGAGAGCAAAGACUCUGUUAUUUUAUUAAUAGAUGAAGAAAAAUGCGAGAUUGUUUUCAAGGACAUGAAGGAAACCUGCCUUGACAAUGGAGAAGUGAGAGUCGUUGUUCGGAAAGAGAUUGGGAAAGGUGUUCCAUUAGAGUGGGAUGUGCAGCCAAACGAUGACUCUGGAAAAGAGAAAGAGGUACACCUAGUACUAUUAGACCCUAACGCGAGCGAGUACAAAAAGGUAGCAGACAAAAUGGGCAAGACGUCCCCCGUUACCAUUAUCAAGAUAGAAAGGGUGCAAAAUCCUUCCCUGUACCGCGCAUAUGUCGUCAGAAGGGAACAGAUGGAACUUAAGAAUGGCAGCAAUGAAAAACUACUCUUCCAUGGAACAGCUGGAGACAGCUGCCCCUCCAUCAACAAAUUCGGUUUCAACAGAAGCUACUGUGGCAAAAAUGCAACUGUGUAUGGAAAUGGUGUUUACUUUGCUCGAGAUGCAUCCUAUUCCACACAAAAUAAGUAUUCACCACCUGAUGCGACAGGGCACCGUUGCAUGUAUCUUGCACGUGUCCUUGCCGGUGAAUACACGGAAGGAAGGCAGAAAAUGAUAACUCCGCCUCCCAAGGGAAGUGACGCCACCGAUGUUUAUGACACUGUUGUGGAUAACCGCACAGAUCCAACCAUAUUCGUUGUGUUCUACGAUAACCAGUGUUAUCCAGAUUAUCUUAUUACUUUUAAAUGAGAGAGCAAAGUCGUUAAGAACCUUUUGAAUAACCAGUAUUGUACCUUUUCAUUUGGGGGUAGUGAUCUGUUUGUCUUGAUUUUGAGAGUGCGUCCAGGGGUGAGCCAGGUAGAAGGUUUAUAAAGUUCGAACCCCGAUUUAGCUCAAACUUAGUGGAUACUACGAAAAAACAGCUGUUUUAGGUGCUGACCGAUAGAGUCAUGUUUUAAGGAGGGGAGCGUUGGGAUUUUCGGUUUUGCAGUUUAAGCUAUUUUUUAAAUCGGUU